GAAAAAGCAUAUCAUACAAUGACAAUGGUGUAUUUAUUCUAAAACGGUACAGCGAAUAAUUCAGAAUAUACACCAAGCAAUAAUGGAGUACAGAGAAAUACCUUGAAAAUCCCAACCGGAAACAGCACUGCAGUUGCGGCUAACUUGCGGAUUCAGGUUAGGGUGAACUUCCAGUGGUGGCGCACAUGGGAGACCCUGGCAACCGCUGGAGGGAGAACACCGAUCGGGAGAGAAAAAUCAAACAGCCGCUGCUUUAUAGCACGUCGCCUCUCGGAUUCGCUCCAACAUUUGCCUUUUUGCCCAACAUCCGCCGAGGGUGACUGAGGGUGGCCGCCUUCCUUCCAACUUCCAGCCCCAUCUGCUGCUUCAUCUCGUCGGCGUGACUUUCACGUGGAGAGCCGCCGAUUGUCGUUACGUCCAGGAGUCCACCUCGAACAUCCAGCCGGUACCGAUAACUCCCAUCAUAAUGUCCGAGGAGAAGGGGACUACGGCGUGCCUCAUCCUGGAGGACGGGACGAGGUUCGAGGGCCGCCUUUUUGGCGCUAAAGUGUCCGUGUGUGGAGAAGUUGUGUUCCAGACAGGCAUGGUGGGCUACCCGGAGGCACUGACCGACCCCUCCUACCACCGCCAGCUGCUCACUCUCACCUACCCUCUGGUGGGCAAUUAUGGGGUGCCACCGGAUGAAGAGGGCGCAUUCGGACUCAGCAAGUGGUUCGAGUCGUCAAAGAUCCACGUCGCCGCCGUACUCAUCGGGGAGCUGUCGGAGAAUCCAAGUCACUGGAGCUCAGUGAAGUCGCUGGACCAGUGGCUGAAAGAACAAGGCGUUCCAGGGAUACAAGGCAUCGACACUCGCUGCCUGACCAAAAAGAUCCGCGAGAAGGGGACCAUGCUGGGGAAGCUGGUGUUGGAUGAAACCCCAGAGGAAAGCGUUCCUCUGGAUAAUCCCCACAAGAGCAACUUGGUCCAGGAGGUGUCCAUGAUGGAGACCCGCGUCUUCAACCCCGACGGUAGUCUGCGGAUCACUGUGGUUGACUGCGGCGUCAAAUACAACCAGAUCCGCUGCCUGGCGGAGCGAGGGGCCUGCGUGACCGUCGUACCCUGGGACCACCCGUUGGAGAGCGCAGACUUUGAUGGUUUGUUCAUCAGCAACGGUCCCGGGGAUCCGCAACUCUGCCAGGCCACCAUAAACAACGUGAGGACGGUGGCGUGCGUGGAUCGCCCCAAGCCGGUUUUUGGCAUCUGCCUCGGACACCAGCUUCUCUCCUUGGUCAUCGGUGCCAACACCUACAAAAUGAAGUAUGGCAACCGUGGCCACAACCAGCCUUGCAUCCACAAGGGCACCGGCCGCUGCUUCAUCACCAGUCAAAACCACGGCUUCGCCGUCGACCCCGAGACGCUGCCUAGCGACUGGGACGUCCUCUUCACCAACGCCAACGACCACACCAACGAGGGCAUCGUGCACAAUACGAAACCGCUCUUCAGUGUUCAGUUCCACCCCGAGCACAUGGCCGGUCCCACGGAUCUGGUUGGCCUGUUCGACGUCUUCCUCAGCACCGUCAGAGACCACAAAGAGGGCAACGCUGGCAAAUCCGUGAAGCAGCGUCUCAUGGACUAUCUCACCUAUGUGGGUUUUCCGAAGCCUGAAGAGGUUUCCCGACCAAAGAAGGUCCUCAUCCUGGGCUCUGGAGGACUGUCCAUCGGCCAAGCUGGCGAGUUUGACUACUCAGGGUCUCAGGCCAUUAAAGCUCUGAAGGAGGAGAACAUCCAGACGGUGCUCAUCAACCCCAACAUCGCCACCGUGCAGACUUCCAAAGGUCUGGCGGACAAGGUCUACUUCCUGCCCAUCACGGCAGAGUACGUGACUCAGGUCAUCAAAAACGAGCGCCCCGACGGUGUCCUCCUGACCUUCGGCGGGCAGACGGCGCUGAACUGCGGCGUGGAGCUGACCAAGCUGGGCGUGCUGGAGAAGUACAACGUGAAAGUGCUGGGAACGCCAGUGGCAUCCAUCGAGAUGACCGAGGACAGGAAGAUCUUUGUGGAGAAGAUGGAGGAGAUCAACGAGCACGUGGCCCCGAGCGAAGCGGCUCUGUCUGUGGAGCAGGCGGCGGCGGCUGCGGAGCGCCUGGGCUACCCCGUCCUGGUCCGCUCGGCCUUCGCCCUGGGCGGCCUGGGCUCCGGGUUUGCCAACAACCGCGAGGAGCUGACCUCUCUGGUCACCUCGGCGUUCGCCCACACCUCGCAGGUGCUGGUGGACAAGUCGCUGAAGGGGUGGAAGGAGAUCGAGUACGAGGUGGUGCGGGACGCCUACGACAACUGCGUCACUGUGUGCAACAUGGAGAACAUCGACCCUCUGGGCAUCCACACGGGAGAGUCCAUCGUUGUGGCACCCAGCCAGACCCUGAAUGACCACGAGUACAACAUGCUGAGGAACACCGCCAUCAAGGUCAUCCGCCACCUCGGCAUCGUGGGCGAGUGCAACAUCCAAUAUGCUCUCAACCCGGAAUCAGACCAGUACUACAUCAUCGAGGUGAACGCCCGCCUGUCGCGGAGCUCCGCCCUGGCCAGCAAGGCGACAGGUUAUCCUCUAGCCUACGUGGCGGCCAAGCUCGGCCUGGGAAUCCCGCUGCCACAACUCAAGAAUUCCGUGACCAACUCCACCACAGCCAACUUUGAGCCCAGCCUGGACUACUGCGUGGUGAAGGUGCCCCGCUGGGAUCUGAGCAAGUUCCUGAGGGUUUCCACCAAAAUCGGAAGCUCCAUGAAGAGCGUUGGGGAAGUGAUGGCGAUUGGCCGCAGCUUCGAGGAGGCUUUCCAGAAGGCUCUCAGGAUGGUGGACGAGAACUGCGUCGGAUUCGACCACACCAUCAAGCCAGUGUCUGACCAGGAGCUGCAGACGCCGACGGACAAGCGGAUCUUUGUCCUGGCCGCAGCCUUGAGGGCGGGCUACACUGUGGACCAGCUGUACCAGCUGACCAAGAUCGACCGCUGGUUCCUGCACAAGAUGAAGAACAUCGCCGAUCAUGAGCGUCUGCUGGAGACGUACAACCAGGACGAGAGCGCCAUGCCGCCGCAGGCGAUGCGGAAGGCCAAGCAGCUGGGCUUCUCGGACAAGCAGAUCGCUCUCGCCGUGCAGAGCACCGAGCUGGCCGUGAGAAAGCUGCGUCACGAUUGGUCCAUCCUGCCUGUGGUCAAGCAGAUCGACACGGUGGCCGCCGAGUGGCCGGCCUUCACCAACUACCUGUACCUGACCUACAACGGCACGGAGAACGACCUGGACUUCCAUGACCUACACGUCAUGGUGAUCGGCUCGGGCGUCUACCGCAUCGGAAGCAGCGUGGAGUUCGACUGGUGCGCGGUGGGCUGCAUCACGGAGCUCAGGAAGAUGGGCUACAAGACCAUCAUGGUCAACUACAACCCCGAGACCGUCAGCACAGACUACGACAUGUGUGACCGCCUCUACUUUGACGAAAUCUCCUUCGAGGUGGUGAUGGACAUUUAUGAGAUGGAAAACCCCGAAGGCGUCAUCUUGUCCAUGGGAGGCCAGCUGCCCAACAACAUCGCCAUGUCGCUGCACCGCCAGCAGUGCCGCAUCCUGGGAACGUCGCCAGAGUUCAUCGACUCGGCCGAGAACAGGUUCAAGUUCUCCAGAAUGCUGGACACCAUCGGCAUCAGCCAGCCGCAGUGGAAGGAGCUGUCCGACACCGAGUCGGCUGUGAAGUUUUGCGAGACUGUGGGCUACCCCUGCUUGGUCCGCCCGUCCUAUGUGCUCAGUGGCGCCGCCAUGAACGUGGCGUACGGGGACUGCGAUCUGGAGAAGUUCCUGAGCAGCGCCGUGGCCGUGUCCAAGGAGCACCCUGUUGUCAUCUCCAAGUUCAUCCAGGAAGCCAAGGAGAUAGACGUGGACGCCGUGGCGUGUGACGGCGUCGUAAUGGCCAUCGCCGUGUCUGAACACGUGGAGAAUGCCGGGGUGCACUCCGGCGAUGCAACGCUGGUGACUCCCCCUCAAGACCUCAACCAGAAGACCAUGGAGACCAUCAAGAUGAUAGUGCACGCCAUCGGGCAGGAGCUUCAGGUCACGGGACCCUUCAACCUCCAGCUCAUUGCCAAGGACGACCAGCUGAAGGUGAUCGAGUGCAACGUUCGGGUUUCCCGCUCCUUUCCCUUUGUGUCCAAGACAUUGGGCGUGGACCUCGUUGCUCUGGCGACGCGGGUCAUUAUGGGCGAAGAGGUGGAGCCUGUUGGCCUCAUGGGAGGGAAAGGGAUCGUGGGGGUGAAGGUCCCCCAGUUUUCCUUCUCAAGGCUGGCGGGGGCCGACGUGGUGCUGGGCGUGGAGAUGACGAGCACCGGCGAAGUGGCCUGCUUUGGCGAGAACCGCUACGAGGCUUACCUCAAAGCCAUGCUUUCCACCGGCUUCAAGAUUCCCAAGAAGAACAUUCUGCUCUCCAUCGGCAGUUAUAAGAACAAGAGCGAGCUGCUUCCCACCGUUCGAGCUCUGGAGUCGCUGGGUUACGACCUGUACGCCAGUCUGGGCACCGCCGAUUUCUACACUGAACAUGGCGUCAAGGUGACGGCCGUGGAUUGGCCCUUCGAGGAGGAGGACAGCGAGUGUCCCACCAAGGAGAAACAGCGCAGCAUCAUGAACUACUUGGAAGAGAACCACUUUGACCUGGUGGUCAACCUCUCCAUGAGGAACAGCGGAGGCCGCCGCCUGUCGUCCUUCGUCACCAAAGGCUACAGGACGAGGCGCAUGGCCAUCGACUACUCGGUGCCGCUCAUCAUCGACAUCAAGUGCACCAAACUCUUUGUUCAGGCUCUUCGUCAGAUUGGCAGGAGCCCACCAGUGAAAACUCACAUUGACAGCAUGACAUCGCAGACGCUGGUCCGGCUUCCUGGUCUCAUUGAUGUCCACGUGCACUUUCGGGAGCCCGGCGCCACCCACAAGGAGGACUUCUCCUCCGGUACAGCGGCGGCCCUGGCAGGGGGCGUGACCAUGAUCUGCGCCAUGCCCAACACCUCCCCCGCCAUCACAGACGCCACCACCCUGUCCCUCGUGCAAAAGCUCGCUAAAGCCAGCUGCCGCUGCGACUACGCCCUGUACUUGGGCGCCGCGUCGGACAACGCCGCCACCCUGCCGUCCAUCGCCAGCCAGGCCGCCGGCCUGAAGAUGUACCUGAAUGACACCUACUCCACGCUGAAGAUGGACAACGUCUCCCUGUGGAUGGAGCACUUUGAGAAGUGGCCCAAGCAUCUGCCCAUCGUGGCCCAUGCUGAGAACCAGACGGUGGCCGCCGUCCUGAUGGUGGCUCAGCUCUACCAGCGGCCGGUCCACAUCUGCCACGUGGCUAAGAAGGAGGAGAUCUCCAUCAUCCGAGCCGCCAAACAGAAGGGCAUCCAGGUGACGUGCGAGGUGGCGCCCCAUCACCUUUUUCUGUGCCAGGACAACAUGAUAGAAAUCGGCGAGGGGCGAGCGCAAGUGCGGCCCAUGCUGGGCACCCGCGAGGACAUGGAUGCGCUGUGGGAGAACCUGGACAUCAUCGAUUGCUUCGCCACAGACCACGCGCCUCACUCUGUGGAGGAGAAGAGCUGUGAUCAUCCUCCUCCGGGCUAUCCCGGCCUGGAGACCAUGCUGCCGCUGCUGCUGACCGCCGUCAGUGAUGGACUUCUGACGUUGGACGACAUCGUGCAGCGUCUUCACGACAACCCGCGCAGGAUCUUCAACCUCCCGGCGCAAGACAACACCUAUGUGGAGGUGGACCUGGAGCAGGAGUGGGUUAUUCCUCAGACCAUGCAGUUCACCAAGUCCAAGUGGACGCCUUUCAGCGGCAUGAAGGUGAAGGGCAAGGUUCGGCGCGUGGUCCUCCGAGGAGAGGUGGCCUACAUCGAUGGCCAGGUGUUGGUGCCGCCAGGUUACGGUGAAGAUGUGAAGACCUGGCCGGCAACUUCCAUCCUGUCUCCCGAAAGCCCCAUGACCCCCGAGCGUCCUCGGCCGACUCCUCCUCGCGAGGGCCUGAUGCGAACCCGGGCCCCCAGCCCUCGUCGCUCCGCAGGGGAGGGUCGCUACCUGCUGCCCCCUCGCGUCCACCGCUCCUCCGACCCAGGACUGCCGCCAGGUGCUCCCAAACGUUGCAUGAAGUAUCGCUUGAUGAUUUGGCCGUCCCUAAAAGUUGCAGUGCUCUUUGCAGAGAUGGUGAUGCUGCCGCCCGCGGGGGCCGCUGAUGGCUACAGCCACCCCCCUCCCCUGUCCCGGCUGCUGUCCCCCCAGGCCGGUCUGGGACAGAUCCCUGCUGGCCAGCUGUCCCACAACCAGAUGUCUCCUCUGUUACACCCCCUGGUAGGCCAGCACAUCUUGUCCGUCAGACAGUUCAGCAAAGAGCAGAUGUCUCACCUCUUCAACAUUGCACACACGUUACGCCUGUUGGUCCAAAAAGAACGCAGCCUGGACAUCCUGAAGGGUAAAGUGAUGGCAUCCAUGUUCUACGAGGUCAGCACCCGCACCAGCAGCUCCUUUGCAGCAGCCAUGCAGCGUCUGGGCGGAUCGGUUGUCCACUUCUCCGAGUCCACCUCGUCCACGCAGAAGGGAGAAUCCCUGGCUGACUCCGUCCAAACCAUGAGCUGCUACGCUGACGUGCUGGUGCUCCGACACCCGAUGCCUGGCGCCGUGGAGAAUGCGUCACGCCAUUGCCGCAAGCCAGUGAUCAACGCCGGGGACGGCGUGGGCGAGCACCCCACCCAGGCUCUUCUGGACGUCUUCACCAUCCGAGAGGAGCUGGGGACGGUCAACGGCAUGACGAUAACCAUGGUGGGCGACCUGAAACACGGCCGCACCGUUCAUUCGCUGGCCAAGCUGCUGACCCAGUACCGCAUCACGCUGCGCUACGUGGCCCCCAGGAACCUCCACAUGCCAGCAGAGAUCAUAGACUACGUGGCCUCCAAGGGCAUCAAACAGGAGGAGUUUGAGAGCAUCGAGGAGGCUCUGCCCGAUACCGACGUCCUCUACAUGACCAGGAUCCAGAAGGAGAGGUUUGCAUCUGAAGAGGAGUACAAGGCUUGUUUCGGCCAGUUCAUCCUCACCCCUCACAUCAUGACCGGGGCCAAGAAGAAGAUGGUGGUCAUGCACCCGCUGCCCCGAGUCAACGAAAUCAGUGCCGAGGUGGACACGGACCCGAGGGCAGCCUACUUCCGGCAGGCCGAGAACGGCAUGUACAUCCGAAUGGCCCUGCUGGCCACCGUACUCGGCAGAUAGACAGGGUUCCCGUUGUUGGCCGACUAGCACCCGCCCGCCCACCCACUCCAGUUCUUUGACAGGGUUUGAAACACACGAGCCAAUUAGACAACAAUACCAUGCUGCUGUAACCCCUCCCCCCCAACCCUUUCCUCUUUGCAGUCACCCGUGCUAAGUUGCUAAGUGGUCUGUUCCUUCUAUGAUAUACCUCAUCCAACUCUUACAUUUGUCAAACAUGUCGCUUCUCUCUUGAUAUCUAGUACUGGACAAUGUAUUUUCUAUUGUGGAGAAAUUAAUAAAAAAAGUUUUCCCUUUGCA